AGCCGUCGAGCAGCGCUGCCGGUGCCCAUGGGAGGCGAGGGGAGGCUGCGGGCUGGUGGUUGCCCAUGGCUUUCAGCCCGGGGCUACUGGUGGUGGCCGGUUCCUUCGCCGCUUUCCGCCUGCUGAACCGAGGACUGGAGCGGCUGGUACCACCCCCGCCUUCGGCCCGGCGCAACCGCUGGAAGUGGCGCAACAUCUGGACGUCGCUGGCGCACAGCGUGCUCAGCGGUGGCGGGGCCCUGGCCGGAUUCUGCCUCCACCCUGAGUUGUCCGAGGACUUGGUGGGCACACACCCCCCCGGGGCACACAGCCUGGUCGCCGUGUCUGUAGGUUAUUUCCUUGAAGACUUUGUGGAUAUGUUGUGCAAUCAGAAACUUCACCAAUCCUGGGAGCUGCUCUUCCAUCACUCUGUGGUGAUCGUUUGCUUUGGCAUCUCAGUUCUUCUCCAUCAGUACGUGGGGUUUGCCCUCGUGGCUUUACUGGUGGAGAUUAACUCCAUCUUCCUCCACCUGCGGCAGAUCCUCCUCAUGGCCAACCUGGUGCACACCACCUGCUACCGCCUCAACAGCAUCAUCAACCUGGGCACCUACGUGGUGUUCCGCAUCGCCACGCUGGCCUGGAUGUCCCGAUGGCUUUUCCUCAAUCGGGAGAACGUGCCCCCAGCAACUUACACCGUGGGCACGGUGGGCAUGGCAAUCAUGACCCCCAUGAACAUCAUCCUCUUCUACCGCCUGCUGCGUAGUGACUUCUGCAAGUCCAGCCGGGAUGUGCAGCGGGACAAGGAGCAAUAAGUUCCCUUCCCCACAGGGCUUGGGGGAUGAGCAGCCCCAAGCUCAUGGAGGAGGACAGUAAAGCACAGCAGAGAGGGAACGUGGCUGUAUUGGUACCUGACAUGGAGGGUCUGCACUAACAGAGCAUCCAGGCUUUUUUUUUGUGGCAACGGAUCCUGGACCCUGCAUGGCAGAGAAGGUCCUCGUGGACCAGGCACUGGAUGAUGUGGUUGGACAACUGGGAGCUGUGCAGAGAAGCUCCAACAGCUCUUGCAGCUCCCUGGGGCACCACUGAGAUGAGAAGGCAGCAGAAGAGCUCUGUUUCCCCACUGCUCCUCUGGCCAUCCAGACACCACACUGUGCUUCUAACCCCUUUGGUGCUACAGCCUCUUGGCCAUGGGGCCACUGUGCACAGCCCUGCGUUCUCUGUGGCACUUCCUAUGGGAGCACCUCCAGGCAAGAGAGGCUCCAGGGCUCCACCCUCAAGGCCAGGGCUGGUAAAAAGCCAAAUCUUGCACUUAUGAGUCCUCCCCAAGGAGAUUGUCCCAGUCAAUUUUCCAGGAGCUGCUUUGCCGAUCCCUGCCCUCAGCACAGGCUCUGCUCAGCAAGGCUGUUUCCCAGCCGCUGCCCACGCCAGGGACUGUUCUCAAGGCCUGGAUUGUGUUACCACAUUCCUUCUAUCACAUGGACGUUGUGUACCUCAGGCAUGAGGGGCUGAGUGCCUGGGAAGCCUGGGUUUGGAGCCUCUCAUCAGAUGUGAGCCAACCCCUUCUCCCUCCUAGGCCCCCCCAGGUAUUCCUGGUUUAAGUUAGCUCCUGAAACACAGAGACUACAUUUAGGGAGGAGUUAUCAUUUGAUUUGAUUUGAUUUGGCACAGAAUCCCCCUCUGGAGGAAUAUCUCCCAAAUCAAGUGUGCUGUUGCUCACAAAACUUCCCAUAUUUGAAGCUUACAUCACUGGUGUACGUGGCCUCAUGCAUCACAUUAAAUCCCUCCUAUCUACUACAUUUGCAUAACGCUAACGUUACAUAACAAGAAACUUCACAUUCAUGGGGGUUGAGGGUGGUCUUUUGGUUAAGUGCCCACUUCUCAUUCCAAGGCAGAGUUCACUUCAGGACUCUUCCACUGGUGAUGCUCCUGCCAAGUGCUGUUAAAAGCAUUUUGUGUAGUUUUGCUUGCUCGCUGCCUCAAAUCUUCACGGCCAUCGGGGCACACAGCGUUCCACCCUGACCUUGUCAAUGUUUCAAGGGAU